AUGACCACAGCAGACCUGAACUCCUCUGCUACCAGAGGGUCCCACGAGAUGGCAGAUGGUAGUAAUAGGGUCCCCAAUGAUGAGCCAUAUCACCGGAAAAGUCCGGAAUCUUGUGAAAAUGCCAACUUUUUUGUCCGGGCGAUGAGAGCCCUGUUUGGUUAUCGCAAAACUUCGUUGACUAUUCUAGUGUUUCUUUCCGUUAUAGCCACUGUUUUGCUCUCUUAUUACGACAGCAGCUUGGAGUUCUCCGUGAGUCUUCCCACAGACAAGUCUGAACUGAAAAUACUAGACCAUUCUUGGGACGUUCUUCAGGAGAUUGCGAGAGAUGAACACACCUACGCUUCGGAAGCAAAUGACAGGGUUCAUGAUUACCUUGAAGAUAUAAUUGGCUUCCUUGUGGACAAGAAAUCGUACAUGGAAUACGACAAUGACCUCAAUAAUACCCAUAGUUUCUUACGCCAAACUGCUCCAUCUACAGUGACUUACUACGAAAGCAACAACUUGAUUGUACGCAUCAAUGGAAGCGAUCCAGAACUUCCCGCAUUGCUCCUUAGUGCUCACUAUGACUCGGUACCUUCGAGCUUUGGUGUCACUGACGACGGAAUGGGCAUUGCGUCGCUCAUUGGUAUUCUCAAUUACUUUUCAGCAAAACAGACUUCGCAACCUGCCCGUACAAUCAUCAUCAAUUUCAACAACAACGAGGAAUUCGGGUUGUAUGGUGCCUUGGCAUUUCUCUCUCAUCCUUGGUUCAAGCAGAUCAAGUACUUUUUGAACUUAGAGGGAACUGGUGCUGGAGGCAAGGCUAUUUUGUUCAGAGGUACGGAUUAUGGUUUUGCCAAGUACUUCAAGAAUGUGAGGUUCCCUUACGCCAGCUCGCUUUUCCAACAAGCUUUCAGUGCUCGUUUGGUUCAUAGUGAAACUGACUACAAGUACUAUGCUGAGCUUGGACAUCUUCGUGGUUUGGACUUGGCUUUUUUCCGUCCAAGAGAUAUGUACCAUACAGCAAAGGAUAAUAUUGCAAACGUCAACAAGAAGUCUUUAUGGCAUAUGCUUUCGAGUACAAUUGACUUCACUAAUGGAGUAGUUGGUGGUGAAAUUGACCUCGAUGUUGAAGCGAAACAAAAAGAAGCUGCCGCAUUUACCUCAAUCUUUAAUUAUUUCUUCGUGGUGCCAAUGACGUUUGUUUUUGGAGUCAACGUCUUAUUGAUGGUCUUAGUGCCACUUGUCAGUCUUAUCCUGCUCGCACUAAUUUUUGCACAUCGCAAAUGGUCGGUAUCAUUGGUUACAUUUUUCAAAUUCCCACUUUCGUUCAUUCUUUCCAUCUUUUUAUUGGACAACUUCAGCUCCUGGUUUGUGGUUUCAGUCAACAAUUUCCUUCCAAACUCCUCCGCAGGCAUCAUUGCAUUAACUUACUUUUCCUUCUUUGUACUUGCCAAUUACUUGCUUUUGAAUGGAAUUAAUUUGUUGUUCUGGAAGUUCAAGGGCACACGUCACGAUGAAAAGCUAGUGGUUAUACUACAAAUAAGUUUCAUGUUCUGGGUAUCUCUUAUUUGGUCUACGGCUAACAUUGCUAAGCUGCAAUUCAAUGGCGAACAUUCAGGUGAAUUCUUGUUGACGCUUCUCUAUAUCUUGCAGGCAGCGGGAGGUGUUUUUGGCUUACUCUGUUGGCUCUUCAAAAGGUCUCGGACUGUACACACGAACAACCAAGAGCUCGAGCCAUUGCUUGAGCAUGCGGUUGAAGAAGGCUAUGGUGCCCAUGUUGAGCAGGAGGGUCACAUCCUGUCCUCAGCCUCAUCAGCAAUUCUGGUAAACGUUAUUGAGUCCCCACCCCCAACGAAGCAUUACAGUUACGACUGGUCAAUCCAGUUUCUCUUCAUUGUUCCCAUAUCUUCCUUCUUGCUGUAUAACUAUGGAUGGUUAAUACUUGAAGGCUUAAAGAAGACUUUGCAAGAAUCAGCUACCAGUGAGUAUUUGGUGUUCAGAGCCCUCAAACUCUUGGCUGUCGUUGUUGCUGUUCCUUAUCUUCCCUUCAUCUUCAAGGUGAAUCGCAUUGUGUUCUUGGUGACCAUCUUCCUUUUCGUUUAUGGCUUAGGGGCUAUUGUAAUUAGCGAGCCAUUCACUGAAGCUAACCCAUUGAAGCUCAGAUUCCUUCAAACAAUUGAUUUGGACAACUCUCCAAAAUCAAACCUUGUCAGUGCCUCUGGUAGAGCCAAUUCUUCAAUUGCCGAAAUACUUAGGGACUUACCGUCCGUCAAAGAAUCCGAAACUGAAGUAGUGUGCAAUGCAAAGGCAGAUGGAAUGACGAUCUGCAAUUAUGAGGGCUUGAAUCCACACCUUGCUCCCGGUACGAAAAACGCUCAGGAUCUCUUGCUGGUCAAAGUUCUCAGCAAUUCUUCGUCUAGUAUCAAUUAUCCUUUUGGUAUGUUGAGUGGAAAGUUCGAGAUUAGAGCAGAAAAGAAUCGAGAAUGUCGUCUUUCAUUUCGCGAAGAUACAGGUGGUAAGCGUCUGAGCGGUGUGGUUAAAACUGUGGUUGUCUACAAAAACGACCUAAAGAAUAGUAAUAAGGUGAACGCAAUGAAAGCUCCAGAAGGCUUCUCACAGGAUGACUACGGAAACUUUGUUUACAAGAAUAUGACCGGCAUUUCCGACCUCAAAUUGAAUAAACUCGACUGGAAUCGCCCAUAUCGUAUAGGGGUUGAAUGGGUGGCUAGCUUGGACGAUUCUGAUACUCAGCCUACGCUAAAAGUAUCAGUUGACUGCUACUGGGCCGAGAUUGGUCAGAUAGCCGAAAAAGGAAAGAUCGUUGAUAGAAUACCCGCCUAUACUGAGCUCUUGCAUUAUUCACCAAACUAUGUGACAUGGGCCAACCUAGAUCAGGGUCUUGUGAAUGUGAAAAAGAGUGUCCUUGUGUGA